CUAAGAUCCAGUAGAACAUCACCAGAGAAAGAGACCGCCUAAACGUACUAGUGUGAUUGGUUAAAUAGAUUUAAUGCCAGGAAUUGUUUUGGAAAGCUGAAAAUGUGGUACAACUACAAACACUGGGAAGGUAAAACAUCAGCAAGGUCAUGAACGAAUCUUCUCACACGUUAAUAGAGAAAUCAUUUACAUUUCAGGACUGUGAAGACUCUCAGUCUUUAACUGUGUCUAUCCCUGAGGUUCUUGAUCCACAAUAUGGCAUGUAUGUGUGGCCCUGUGCGGUGGUCUUGUCACAGUAUGUGUGGAUGGCGAGAGAGGAACUACAAAACAAGACUGUUCUUGAGCUUGGUGCCGGGGUGAGUUUGCCUGGUGUGGUGGCUGCCAAGUGUGGAGCUCAUGUGAUUUUGUCAGACAGUGCUGAACUCCCGCUCUGUCUGAGGAACUGCAGGCGCUCCUGUGACAUCAAUAACCUUCCCGACGUGCCUGUGAUCGGACUCACCUGGGGACGGGUAUCGCCGGAGCUCCUCUCUCUGCCACCUGUAGAUAUUAUCUUGGGAUCAGAUGUAUUCUAUGAACCUGAAGAUUUUGAAGACGUGCUUGUGACCAUCUCCUUUCUUGUAAGGAGAAACCCUCAUGCUCAAUUCUGGACUACAUACCAGGAGAGAAGUGCGGACUGGUCCAUAGAUGCUUUGUUACACAAGUGGGAUCUGAAAUGCAUUAAUGUUCCACUAGAAACAUUUGAUGCAAACAAAAACCAUCUUGCUGGAUCAACACUUCCUGGGAAUCAUACUGUACAAAUGAUGAUUAUAACAAGAAAGGUGUUUUGACGUAUUUGUGUCUGAUAAACUUGUAUAUAAAAUAAAAAUCUUUUUUUAAACCUUG